GAGCUAAAAAAAAAGGAACUGCGUAAAAUUGAUCAGCUGAUUCACAGUCAUGUGACCAAAUACGGAAGUGUUUAUGAUAUGCCAGAUCAGCUAUGGUGAGUUGUUUCUUAAUCCACACGGUGUGUCCGGUGAGCGCGCUGUCCGCAGCCGAGAGUCGGAUACUGUACGCGCGCGUGUUCGGACCGGAGACCGGAGACGCUGACUUCACACCGGAGCAGAGACGACUGAUGCAGAAAGAGAAACUCCACGUGGUAGCGAGGCAGGCGAGGAGUGCUGUGGCUCUGAGUAGGGAGGCCUCAGGCGGUUUGUGUGUGGAGGCAGUGCUGGGUGAGGAGGCUGCAGCUCUGGGUGAAGCUGACAGCGGCAUGUUUUCCCUGGGCAAUGCAGAGCUCUUUCCACAUCGGAGUGUUGUUCUGUGGCUGGGGGUUCAGUCUCUAGCGUUCAGUCUGGUCUGCAGACCACACGAGAACCUCCUGCUCGCAGAGGGAGUGCUUCGCAACAUUGCACGUCACUGCCUGGAGGAGCUACGUCUGCUGGGACCUGGUGCUGAGAUGUUGCUGAAAAGUGAUCGCGUGGAUGCAUUGUUGCACAGACUGCUUCCCCAUGGUCAGCUCCUCUUCCUUAACCACCGUUUUGCCUUCGCCCUGGAUAAAGAGAUAGCAAGCUACGUGAGCAAAUGAAACAGUGUGUGUAUUGGUAUAAACAUGAGGAUUUGCCACAUAUUUAGAGAGUAAUAUAUAAACUGCCUGAUAAAUCGAGGAUGUUCUGAUUUAAGAGAUUUGGAGGAACAACUUCUCCUCUGAAGGUGUAAUGGCAUUCGAAAAGUAGAAGAUUGCACACACAAAGUGUAUUGUGAACCCUUUGUUUUUUCCCUUUGAGGAAACCAGAAGGCACAUGUUCUAAAACUUUAAUUGCAGUUUGACAUCAGAUUAGAUGAAAAAAGGCACAGCAGCACAGCUUUUGAUAUAUUGGUGAGAGAUUCUUUAGAGCUUAUUCAAGUAAAGCUCUUUACACAUUUGAUCUCUCAAAUGUGGAGUACCUGAUUAACUGGCCAUAAAUGGUCAAUUGAUAACAUUGUUCAUUGAGUUUCUUGUUAAUUAAAAUCUGAAUUUAUAUUAUUAUUGCUGUCUGGCUGGGUCAAAAUAAAACCAUUGCUGUAUA